AUGGAUUCGAUUGUGGAGACAACAAAUCUCUUGGAACAUUGGGACAAGGAGUACAACCUAAACCAGGAUAUUAGCAAAAUAGUAGAAUUAGAGAAAGGGGUGUGGUACAAAUCUGACCCAGACCCAUUUGACGAUCGACAUCCCGGUCGGGCUGACCCAAAUUGCAUACUAGGUCAUGUGAUGAAAGUCCUUUUCAAAAAUGAUAAUUUUAUGAGUAAGCUGGUAAGCACUUACAUGACUGGCCGAGAUCCUAGUCUGACUGACUUGCACAUCAAUGCAAGCAGGCUUCUAUUGGAUAUCAUGCCUGGCCUCGAAACCACGGUCAUUUUUCAAGAGAAUGAGACAUUAGUGAGGGACUUGAUAGAGUGGACGAAUAAUAGGGAUGAGCCGUUGAGUUCGUACGCUGUCGGGCUUCUGGCCAGUGCCAUGGAGAUCCAAGAUGUGGCAGCCUCAUUUAAGGAAUGCAAUGCUUAUAUGGUCCCAAAGAUGAUGAAGAAGUUGAUUGAGCUGAAAAGCGAGAGCCUGGCAUUGAAGGAGUCGUCAUCUUCUACGUCACCAUCAUUCAGCAAGAUAAAACCGUCGUUGUCAGCCGACCAAGAUGACGAUGACGACGACGACGACGAUGAUGUCGUCACUGCCGGUGCUGGUAGUAGUAGUGCUGUAGUCGGAACGAGUGAAGGUACUAACAACAACAACAACGCAGGCAAAGCUAAAUCAAACAGCAACAACAACAACGGGCCUAGUGGCAGUAAGGGGGGCAAGGGUGGAAAAGGUGGAAAGGGUAAAAACGCCCCCCAAGCGACUUCUAACGCGGCUGGUGGCGUUGUGGUCGUUGAUGAAAAUGAGCUACUACCUGUUGUUGUGCAUAGCGAUAGUUGCUGGGACGAUGUCAAGUCGAUGGUCAUUGGAAAGUUCUGCAUGGCACCACUGUCACUGGAUAUGAAGCAGAGGCUGAUACUGAUGUACCUGCAGCCAAUGGGAGAGUAUCAGGAAUUAGUUGGCCAUGUCUAUGAGCAUCAAAUCAUGGACUUGCUCUUCUAUUACAUCGAUCUCAAAAAAAAUAAAGAUGUCAGGCUGGCCUUCGAAGCUCUCAAAUACUUGGCUGCCUUACUGUGCCACAAAAGAUUUGCCAUUGAUUUUUUACAAGCAGGCGGAAUUCAAAAGCUAUUGGAGGUUCGCCGACCAUCGGUGGCUGCCACUGGGGUCUCCAUGUGCCUCUACUACCUGGCCUACUUCGACGACCCUCUGGAAAGGAUGUACUUACUACCCCACCCCGUUCUCACUAAACUUGUCGAUUUUGCGCUCUGGUUGUUGGAAUGUUCGCACGAAUCGGGCAGAGUGCACGCAACCAUGUUCUUCGGCUUCUCAUUCCUCUACAGAGUCAUCGUCGAGAUCUUUGACCAGCAGGAUGGGCUGAGGAAGUUGUUUAAUCUGAUUAGCACUCUGAGGAUCAUGAAUCUGGAGGAGAACAGGUCCAACUUGACUGACGACGAACUUUUUACUAACAGGCAGUCUGCCAGACAUGUUGUUGUCGCUAUUAGGAGAUACUUAGAGGCUCACGUGUUCAUGAAGAGUGAACAAGUAAAGAGGAUGAACAUGAGAACCGAGGGAGGCACGCCAUUGGUCGAGACGCCAGCCAAUAAGCCUUUAAAGUUUAACCCGGACUCAAUACAAGACAGCAUAGAAUUGCUAUUGGAGUGCAUGCCAAAUAAAAAUUCAUGGAAGCCAGUCAACGACCUAUUGAAACUUGGCGCCAUUCAAAUCUUCUGCCAGUUAUUGUCCAUUUCCUCAACUGGGGGUCAAUACUCCGGAAAGGUCGAAACCUUGAGAAGUACUUUAGAUUCGCUGGCCAUCUGCUGCAUCGUGCCGAAAGCGCAACUUGCCCUCUGCAACAAUGUUAAACUUCCCGACGACCAGCUCUUACCUGGAAUCAGUAUUCUACUUGACCUGGCCUCUGGAGAGCACGUGAUCGACCCGGAAGUGCAGAAGGCCGCCCUGGGCUCCAUCAUUAAUUCCGUUUGUGGCCCUCUGACCAAGGUUGGUACCGCUGCAAACAAAAUUUUCGCGGAAAGUUUAGCGCUCUCGUUGGUUCAAACUCCCUGUGAAGAUCCACAAACGAAAGUAUGGCAGGCCGUCAGGUCAAAUAACGGAAUUAUGGUCCUAAUGAACUUGCUCUCUAUCAAACUGCCGAUGUCUGAAGCCGAUGCGAUCCGGGCCAUGGCCUGCAGGGCCUUAGUUGGCCUGUCUAGGUGCCAUACCGUUAAGCAGAUUAUCAGCAAGUUGCCCAUGUUCAGCAACGGACAGCUCCAGCAGUUGAUGUGGGAACCAGUGUUACAGGACAAGAGGUCGGAGCAUGCAAAAUUUUGCAAGUUCGCCAUCCAGCUGAUCCAGGAGGUGUCCGGAAAACUUAGCGACCAGUCCGUCGAUCCGUCCCUAGAGAGGAUGAGAAAAGCGGAUAUAGUAGCCCAAACGAAGAUUGUUUUCAAUGGUUGUGAACUCUUGAAACUUAUCCAUGCUCAUCUUAUCAAAGAAGGCUUAACGGAAACAGCUGCCUCCCUGGAAAAGGAAUCCAAGAUGGACUUAUCAAUUUCGUCAUCAUCAUUAUCAUCAUCGUCGUCGUCAUCGUUAUCAAUACUGCCAGUACCACCAUCAUCAUCAUCAUCCGUUAACCAGCAUCAACAGCAACAAUCAUCUAAGACAAUAUCCUACUCAGCUAAGGUUCUGCACCAGCAGCAGCAGCAAAACGCAUCAACAGCCGCAACAACACCAGCCUCUGCAACAACAACAACAACAACAUUUGCAACAACAACCACAGCGGAAAGUAUGCACUACUGCAACAACAACAAGAUCAACAACACAGUCGACAUUCAAGAACUCAAUUCAUCAUUCAGAAAGCAUGUACCUAAAGCCAUAUCUCUCUCUUCGAUCGUGACCACCUACCUGCAACAUCAACACACAGCCUGCAAGAAUCCUGUCAUCGCCUGCCCGCCAUUCUCUCUACUCAAUCCUCACAAAUGCCCAGAGCCUAAAUUCAGAACAGUCGCUCCAUCAAACAUAACAUCAAGAUUAUUUAGGAGACAGGUUUUUCCAAGGUAUGGCGGUCUAGAAGGUGGAAAGUUGGACAGAAAAUUCAUUUAUAGCAGAUUUCGACCGUUGAGAAGUUUUAGGGACGCGGAGGAGAAUGUGUUCUCAUGCUGUUCGUUCUCUGCUGAUGAAGAGUACGUGGUCCUCGGUUUGUGCACGGGAGAGCUCAAGAUGUUCAACAUAUCAACGGCUGUGGAAAGCAACUACUUCCAUUGUCAUUCAUCCCCAGUCAUACAUUGUGAGCCGUCAAGAGACGGCGAGUUGUGGCUGACGUCAUCAGCCUGGGGCACGCCAUUAUCAGCUCUUUGGAAAAAUAACAGUCUAUUUGAUAUGAUGCACGCAUUUAAUGAUGACGAGUAUGCGGAGUUCAGUAAGCUAGCUCAGGAUAGAAUCGUUGGUACAAAGGACUCAAGUGCUCAGAUUUAUGACGUAACCACUGGCCUAAAACUGAUGACACUAUACGAUGCUAACAAGAGCAACAACUACACCAAAAAUAGGGCGACCUUUAACCCCACAGAUGACCUCAUCUUGAAUGACGGGGUUCUCUGGGACAUAGAUUCCGGAAAGGUCAUACAUAAGUUCGACAAGUUCAACUCGGUCCUCAGCGGUCUGUUCCAUCCAAAUGGGCUGGAGAUUAUUAUCAACUCUCAAGUUUGGGAUGUGAGGACGUUCCAUCUACUGCACACAGUGGAGGCCCUGGACCAGUGCAAGAUAACAUUCAACAAGGGUGGAAAAGUUAUUUAUGGAGCAGUGAUAGAAACGGAUGACGAUGAUCCGGCUUACAACAACCAGCCACAAAGCUCCUAUGGGCGUUCUUUUAGAACCUUUGACGGCACCGAUUACAGUAAUAUUGCAACCAUUGACGUCAAGAAGUUGAUUUUUGAUCUUUGCACUGACUCCUCUGAUUGCUAUCUGGCCGUUGUCGAGAACCUAAGACAGACAGACGAUGUUAAUGAAGAGAGCUGCCUCAGGCUCUAUGAGAUUGGCAAGCUGAAAGAUGGUGAAGACGAUCAGGAAGAGGAAGAGAAUGGAGAGGACGAUGAUGACGAAGAUGAUGAUGACGAUGACUCAGUGACCAUGACCUUCGAGUCGAACAGUCGAAGAAAUGACGACGACGACGAUGAUGUCGCUAACGAUGAUGAAGAAGGAGGUAACAGAAAUGGUGAAGGUAUAGUGAUAAUAAAUUCAAAUACGAAUCGAUCUAUAGCUUCAUUUAAAUUUUCACCUAUUCCUGUUAAUCAUGCUAAUUAUGCCAGCUAUUUGUUAGUCAUGUUUAUUGAUUAG